UUAAUUUGUGUUUUGUUUAUUAAAAAUGUGUUCGUCUUCUUUGCUAUGUGGUCACACCUGUUAAGUUGGCAAUAUGGAAAACUAAAAUAUAAAUAAUAUGGCCGAUUGUCGUCAUUGUUUUUAACCCGCCAGUGCACGGGUUGGGUCUGUGAGACCCAGCAGCACGUAAUUCUUCGAAUCGCCAAGAGAUGGCAGAAGCUGUUUACUUGUGCAACCUGAUAGCUUCCUAUCUAAACCUGUUUAGUAUCUCUGUGGACUUGCAGCAGAGUGGCAGUUAUAGUUUCCGAAGUACUGUGGAUUUUAUCGACUGGUGGGUCUGUGGGACCCAACCCGUACAAUUAUGUCACGUAGGAAACAGUUGUACAAUUUGAGUAAUCCACGCGAUGUAGAACAAGUUAUGGCACUUCUAGAAGUAACGUUGUCCGAUGAUGAUAUUUCUGACUGUACAGACACUGAUGCCGAUCAAGAUUAUGCAGUUAGCAGCGACCAUAAUAGUUCUUCAGAAAAUGAUUCAGAUGAAGAAAAAAUACAAUCAAAUAACACUGAGGACAAUUACUUUUUAGGGAAAGACAGGAAGACAAAGUGGGGAAAAAGUAGACCAAUGCAAAGUGUUCGUACUAGAAGUCACAAUAUUGUAAAAAAACUUCCAGGUGUUACAGGGCUAGGAAAAAAAGAAAAAAGUGUUAGUGGAUGCUGGAGUUUGUUUUUUGACAACAAUAUGAUUGAAAAAAUUGUUGUGUUCACAAACAAAUACAUUUUAAAAAUUUCUUCUAGUUAUAAAGAUCCUAGUGACUGUAAACCAACAUCACUGACAGAAAUAAAAUCUCUCCUUGGUCUACUCUACGGAAUGGGUUUCCUGCAUGGUGGAAGAAUGAAUAUCCAAGACUUUUGGUCUACUGAUGGUUUAGGAACGGAGCGGUUUCCAGCAACCAUGGCUUUCAGACGCUUCCGAUUUCUUCUGAAAUGUAUUCGCUUUGAUGAUAUCGAAACCAGGCAGCAGAGGAGAGAGAGUGACAAACUGGCAGCAGUGAGGGAAAUUUUCGAAGCAUUCAAUGGAAACUGUAAAAAAUACUAUUCCAUGGGUGAGUUUAUGACAUUGGAUGAAAUGCUUCUUUCUUUCAGAGGACGAUGUGGUUUUAGAAUGUAUAUUCCGUCGAAACCAGGGAAAUAUGGUAUAAAAGUUUUUGCACUGGUUGAUGCUAAAAUGUAUUAUACAUACAAUCUUGAAAUAUAUUGUGGUAAGCAACCUGCAGGACCAUAUCAAGAUGUGAGCUUCAAACCGAGUGAUAUUGUUGAAAGAAUGUGCUUGCCUGUUUCUGAAAGUGGGCGUAAUUUGACGAUAGAUAACUGGUUCACAUCGUACGAUAUUGUUGCAAAAAUGAAGAAUGAACACAACAUAACUAUUGUUGGAACUGUCAGAAAAAAUAAGAAGGAGCUGCCACCACACUUUAUUACAGCUGCAAAACGGGAACCUCACAGCAGUGUAUUCGGCUUUCAAGAAAACAUGACUCUCGUUUCUUAUGUUCCAAAACGAGGAAAAACUGUAUUGUUGUUGUCGUCUAUGCAUGCCGAUGAUAAAAUUGACGAGAGCACAGGAGAACAAAAAAAGCCAGAGAUCAUCACAUUUUAUAAUUCAACCAAAGGUGGUGUGGAUUGUGUCGAUGAGAGGAUUGCAUUCUAUAAUGUGGCUCGAAACACUAGAAGAUGGACAAUGGUAAUUUUCUACGCAAUGCUCAAUAUUGCAGGUGUCAAUGCUUAUUUGGUUUAUCGAGCAAAUGAUCCCACUUCCCAAGAUGGAAAAAACAGAAGAACGUUUCUGAGAAAACUGAUGUUCAACCUUACGGAGGAGCACAUCAAAGAGAGAGCCAUGUGUAAAUUUCUUCCUAAAAGCAUUCGCAGUGCUGCAAAAAGAAUAUCUGGGUUGCCAGAAGAAGAAGAGCAAACAAGUGAUGGAAACAAAAGAGGACGAUGUGCUUACUGUAAAGACAGGAAAACUCGCUACUCUUGUUUCAAGUGCAGAAAAUAUCUGUGUUUAGAGCACAGUGCCAUCAUGUGCAGUGACUGUAAAAAUGACAUGUGAAGUUUAUGUGAAAAGUCAUGGCAAAACUUUCAUAUCAACAGUAAUUUUGUAAUUUUUAUUCCAUAAUAGAUCUUGUGUGCAAUAUUAUAGUGAUUUGUAAAAUAAUGGCUAGGAAUUGAGCAAACAAGAUCGCAAGAAAAUUGUAUGUAUUUGUGUGUGUGUAGGCUAUAUAUAUAUAUAUAUAUAUAUAUAUAUAUAUCUUUUUUUUCAAAAAUUUUGUAUUGCUGCAAAAGUAUUAUACAGGUUGGAUGGAGGAAUAUUGAAUCGAAUAAAUUUCAUAAAUGGGACGAGCUGUGAACUGUAAAGACAGAAAAUCUCACUACUCAUGUCGCCAGUUCAUAAAAAUUUAUAUGUCUUUUUAGAGUAAAAUGUGUUUAUGUAAUGACUGUAAUGAUCCUGUGUGAAGUUUAGUUAGUUAUUGCUUCUCCCAUAAAGGUGUCACAGAAGUUUCAAGUCAAUUUUAAUUGAACAUUUCUGUUUUUUAUGCUUUAGUGAAAUAUUCUGCAAAAUAAUGUAGUCUUUUACAAAAAAAAUAUUUGAAAAUUUGUACUAAAUUUUUUAAAAGUAUAUGAUUGCAUAUAUUGAACGUCGAUUGUAUAGCAAUUACCAUAACAAAUAAUAAAAUACAUAGUCAAAAUAAUAACUUUUUUUCAGCAUAUUUAUGUAUGGGUCUGAGAGACCCAACCCGUUCAAUUAUGUAAGUUUUUUUAACCCGUGCACUGGCGGGUUAAGUACGUGUUUCGGUCUUACGUACGUAUUUUUAGUGUCGGCUGAAGUCACGUAAGGAGAUAUUAAGAAUUGUAAUUCAAUUUUAUUAUAUUUUAUCAUCGAGUUUUAUCCAAUUUCCUUUCGAGUUUCGCCCCGUCGAGUAAAAUAAACUCGAAUGCCGAGCCGAGCCGAGCUGAUGCUACUCGCUCGACUCGACUCGAAUUUUCGAGUCUCGGCCCAUCACUAAUAUCUAAGUUCAUCUAAUUCCCCUUAAAAUUGGCGUUUCAAAAUUCCUCCUGGAUUAUGUAAUACUAAAAUGAUUUGAAGGCAAUAAAUUCAAGGGAAAUGGUGUGAUAAAAACAUUAAAAAUAUAAAAAUAUUGAAAUAUAAUAAAAUCAUUGUAAUCAUUAAACAUUAAAAUCGGAAAUACCAUUUUUCGCACUUAUAUCUAGUUUUACGGAAAAGCCGCUUCCUUCAUAAUUACUAUUCCAAAGCCGCGCUGCAAAUGUCCACAUGUACAAUUUUCAAUACAUAGCUGUUUUUUAUAUAUCUCAUGCGCUUUAUAGUUAUAGUAUCUAGAAAAAUUAAUACCUACAAACAUGCAAACUUAUGUGCUACACUGUUUUUAGUUAUAGCCGAGUUGUGUUAGUGUUAGGAUUGUAGACACAGUAGGGGCGGAUCCAGGAAUUACUUGGAGGGGGGGGGGACCGUGAGUCUGGGCCUAGUAUGAUACAUGUUUAUUACUGCAAAGUCGUUAUUAAUCAAUGUAUAUUUUACCUUUAGAUGGGUGGGAGGGCACGUGCCCCUGUGCCCCCCCCCUCCUGGAUUCACCUAUGAAGCACACACGCACGUGCGCUGAGAAUGUAGUGAGCUAUGGUCCCUGCAAACAUUAUUUUUAAGUAUUUAAAACGGCAGUUUUUUUAACGCGUUAAAUGCUAUUUAAGGCGUAAACACAAACUCUUACAUGGAGAGACGAAACAAAAUUGUACCAUUAAUUAUCUAAACGCUUGAAUGGAAAAAUUGGCAACGACAAAAUUAGAUAACAAUGAAUUCAUUUACGUUAAUUUUCAUUAUUGUGUGUAAACCAACAACAUAACACAACACAAAGAGAUUGUAAUGCUGAAAUCUUAAAAUACCUUUAGGUAACUAACAUAUUAUUAAAAUCAGUAUCAUCACAUGUAACAAGAAAGUAAUUCACUUUCACGCACCGCAUUUUGAGCGGUAUUUUGCAUUAACAUUAUUAAGUUAAAUACAUAUCGUAAUGAAAUAAAAAUUAACUUCUUCCAAAGCCUAAACUAAUUCAUUUAAAACAAACAUAUUAGACCUCGAAUUUCAAAAGUGGUUGUA